CGUCCGCUGUGCUUCCACACAAGACAAGGCUUGCCUGUACCUUGUAGGAGUAAAGGCACGGAGGGGCCAAGUGCGGAUGCUCGCGCACGGUCCACUCCCCCAGGCAGGUUAACAGGACGUCAGUCAACUUCAACCGUUGAUCGUCGCGCAACACUCGCAGCAGAGCAUUCCAGGAAGAUCCGUGUAUUUCACUAGGAGUACGGGAGCGUGUACUAUUUGCCGGCCAUGUCGAAGGGAGACGGAUCUCGACAACUCAGCGCGGCGGAGAUCCAGGCUCACCCGGAGUACGCCCACGUGCACUGGCCGCUCGAGGCAAACAAACGUGAGAAAAUCGACGUUGCCGCCGGUCGAGGCGGUCCGUUGAAGCUGGGCUACGAAAUCCACGGCCAUGGACCCAAGAAGAUCCUCUGGAUCAUGGGACUCGGCGGGUUUAUGAAGACGUGGCAGCGUCAGACCAAGGACUUUGGCCACACGCAGGCCGACGAGUACACUUGCCUGAUCUUCGACAAUCGAGGCAUGGGCGAGAGCGACAAGCCGCUGCUGCGCUACACCACCUCGGAGAUGGCGCGGGAUGCCAUUGAACUGCUGGACCACGUGGGCUGGACGGAGGCGAGGAGCGUGCACGUGGUGGGCAUCAGCAUGGGCGGCAUGAUUGCGCAGGAGCUGGGCCUGCUCAUUCCGCAGCGGAUCUGCAGCUUGAAUCUCAUCUCCACCGCGCCUCGCAUCGUGCGCACCUUGCCCUUUCUGGAGAAUGUGCGGAACCGCAUCAACCUGCUCAUCCCGAAGGGUCUGGAUGCGCAGAUGGCGCGCGUCAAAGCAGACUGCUAUUCCGCCGAGUGGCUCGCCAGGCCCGACGAGACCGAAUACACCGUCCAGCCCUUCCCCACCAACGGCGAUCGAUUUGCCGCCGGGGACAUCAGCAAACGACUUACGCCCGGCGUCAUGACUCGCCAAGGCUUCCUCUGCCAGCUCUAUGCCGCCGGCUUCCACCACAAGUCGGCCGCGCAAUUGAAGCAGCUCGGCGACGUGGUCGGCAGGGACCGCAUCCUGGUCUUCCACGGCACGAAAGACAACAUGAUCAAUUUCAUCCACGGGGAGAUGUUACUCCGUGAGCUCGGCGGCGAGGAAAGCGGGGUCACGAAGGUGUUCAAAGAGGGCAUUGGCCAUGUUGCGCCGUUUGAGAUCCGGCCGGAGUUCAAGAGGAUCAUCACCGAUAGGAUAGCGAAGACGGAAGCCCUUCCCAAAUCAUGAUGUGGGGGUGAUCUUACUAUUCCCUCCCCGUGUUUGGGUGUGUGGAGCGGCUCCAACGGAGGCUGCCAUGCCGAAAGCAGGAUCUAUGAGCGAGGAUGGCUCAUAUCGGCUCACGGCACUCGAUGCAUCUGGGGGAUAUACGGGCGGCGCACAUUUGAUUGUCAUAAUGAGCAUUCCGAGAGCCAUAUCCAUAAAUAGCCGCGUGAAGAAGCGAUUCCGCACGCGUAGACCUUGUGCAAU